AUGGAGAAGAUAAUCGACAUUGUGAAGAAGUACAAACACCUGACCGCAUGUACACUUUUCGCUACAACUUCCCUGAUCCUACACUUGGUGCUCUUGAUCGACAACGGCUGGUUCAAAGACUCACAGACAGAUGCUCGAGUGGGGCUACACAGUUUCUGUGUGGGGGAAUACUGUGGGGGUCUCACACAUACAGCGGGCAUCUAUGUGGCCAAGUGUUUCCUGAUCACCGGCCUGACCUGCGCAUUGGUCAGUUUCCUGGCACUCACGGUCUACCUCUACAAACUCAUUAGACACGGCGACGGCAACAUUGUAUUCCUAGGAUUUAUGAUUCUGUUUUACUUCUUUGGAGUGAUUGCAGAGUUUGUUGGUGCUUGCAUUUACUCGGCUAUCGGAGCCACGGACGCCGCCCGAUCGAUUAAACUCUGGGACCGGUUGGUGGUUAACCUGUCCGUCUCUUACUGCGUCGGGUUGGCGUUCAUCGCCGUCCUGCUCAGCGGGUUGGCCAUGGGGUUCACCAUCUCCCACCUGCUGAAGGAGGUGGAGUCCAAGAAAUCUGCCACCUCACCUGAGGCACCUGCCGAUGGGCCUAACGCUGAGCCUAACGCUGAGCCUAACGCUGAGCCUAACGCUGAGCCUAAGGCUGAGCCUAAAGACGAGUCUAAAGUAGAGCCCAAAGAGUUCACAGUAGCUGUGCAUAGCUGAUCAUUUCGCUGACAUUCAAUGACAUGUCAUUUGUUAUCAUUGUUGACAUUUACUGAUCAAUACUUAACAGCUUUAUUUUAACAUACGUAGAACCAAGACAACUUUUAUUUAUAUGUAUAUUGAUAAAACGUGCCUAGCUUUCAUGCUACUGUCAUUUACUGCCAAAUGUCAUAUUUCAUUGUUACAUAUGACCCAAUAUUGCAACCUUUGUUGCUGAAAUUUCUUGAAUAUUUCUUUUUGAAUAUUGUCAUUGUGAUCACUUACUUCAACAUGUUUACUGGUAUGGCGUGGUCUAACGGUAGAGCGCUCGACUACUAACCCGAAAGUCUCGUGUUUGAAUCCAAUCUGAGUCUCUGAGUCCAUCCAGCUCGUGAUGGGUACCUGGCAAAAGCUACGGAAUGUAAACCUGGUCAUAGUACUGGCCAAAUUAUCUCUUAGUAUACCAUGAUCGCAGAAACAGGUGAACUCUACCUUACUGUAGCAAAUUUACGUUAAUUAUAGUAUAUUUCACCAUAAGGAAAUAUAUUGGUUUUGAACAUUGUUUCAAUCAUUUACAACUGUGUGUUCUUCAUUUGGGAACAAUAACCUGACAUUGUCAUGUAAAUAUCCUUCUAGAAUCGCAAUGCUAGCUGUAAAUAUAUUAAUAUUGUAUUUAUUUCAAUUUUUACUUAUUAUUAUGUACUUUAAGAUUAUUUUUUUUACAAUUUAUUAUUUUAGAAUAUUUAAAAUCUAGUUAUUUUAAAUUGAUUAUUGACUGUUAUUUUUUUUUAUUGUUGAUUUUUUUGUGUGGUCUUUUUGACCUAAAAGUAUUAAUUUGUAAGUUGCUAUUUACAUGAUGU